AUUGCACUAAACAAAGAAUCACUUACCAAAAUCCUCAAUACUACCUCCUCAUUCUACAGAUUUACCAGUAUAAAAGUUAACUCACAAAAAUCUAUAUUAGUAACAAACUCAAUAGCUUUGAAUAAAACUAUAACUUUCGAUAAUGAACAAUUAACUGUAAUCACAAAUGGAAUACUGUUUAAAUACUUAGAAGCUUGGUUUUCAACAAAUAGAAAGCCAAUAUUAGUACAAAAAAAAAUCAUGGCUGAAGCAGUAAUUAAUCUAAAGAAGCUACAAUUCGCUUAUAUUACAGAAAAACAAGCAAUCUUUAUAAUCAAUA